GUUUCCGCUGCGUAAAGAGAAGCGCGGCCGGCGCGGCGGAGGGUGCGCAUCGGAGGCGGAGCGGACUCGGUCUCGUUUCGCUUCCCGGCUUCCCUCGCCUUCCCAGCCCGGGCUGCGCAGGAGAAGCCUCGGUCUGCGGCCCCGAUCGCAGGGACGAGGCUGCGCGGCGCUCCCGGAGCCGAAGAGUCCGGCGCGAGUCCACCGGCUGAGUCCCGGGGCGCGCUCGGCCGCCCCCUCGCCAGCUCUCCAGAGGCGCACGCGUUUGGCUAACCCCCGCCCCCCAAAUCCUAGGUAGGCGCAACAUCCUGGAGGAAAAGGGAAGAAGCGGCUCUCCAAAACAGCGCUCCGCCUCCCGACCUGCUGCCUUGAAAACUGCUAGGAUUAACUCCGCAGAUGCUAAAAUUCUAAGUAGGCGGUAAAAAAGAAAGAAAAGCAGCAACUCCUCCUUCCAGGUUGCCUUGCAAACUAUAAAGUUGAAAGAUAUCGCCAUGGCCGCAAGAUCCCUUGUGGACUCCAAGCAGGCUGAGGAGGUGGUGCAGGGCAUCCCGACCGAGGUGGUGUGCACAGCCUUUGCCAACACCAUCCUGGUGGUGGUGACGCAGUACGGGAAGAUGGGGACCCUCGUCUCGGUGGAGCCGAACGUGGUGGCUGACGGCAUCAGCAGCCCUUUGCUCACCACAAAAGUCCUGCUUGGCAAAGACGAGCCCCUCGUCCACAUCUGUGCCAAACAUCUGGCGACGUCGGUCUCUCAGGAAGCUGGGAACAAGCCGGUUCUCCUGGCGUUGGCCUUGAAGGACAAGAGCGUCGAAGGGAUACGGAUCCUGAAAGAGGUGAUUGGCCGAUGCCGGGUGUGGUGAGAUCUGACCUGCAGUGCGGAAGACAUCGACUCACCAGGACUGUUUGUCUUUCCUCACUUGAGGUAUUUACCUCUUUUUGAUGGGCCCUGCCUUGGACGUGCCUUUCCUUCAGAGACAAUAGUUGUUGUUGUUUUAAAAAAUCCAGUAUAGCAGACCAAAUAAGCAGGACAGUAACAUUGCAAAAGGUUUCCGUUCAACACAGCCAUCUUGCGUUCCUGAUCUGCGAUGAGCGAGUCGGUUGCAGCGCAAUAAAUUACCUCCACAAA